UGAAGAACAAAGGGUGGAAAUCACUAGUGGUGACAUAUGUUUCAGUAGCAGAGAGAGGCCAGUGAUGGGCUUUUCUCCUCCAGGCGAAACACAUUGGUAGACAAUACACAACGUGUGCCUAAACCAAUUAUUUUCAAAGCAGGAAUUCCUUUUGACCUGCAGCUCUAGAUGUAUGGAUGAUGAUCAGGUUACACAACACUCAUCAGUCUUCUUCUUAUUGUCAAAUCAACACAAACCUGUUCUUCUUGUCUGGAAAUUGCCUGGAUAUAGGCUCUCGGCAGCCUCUCCCUCAUUUAUCCCUCCGCACGGCCCUAAGAAGGUUCAUGGAGGCAAACAGUCAACAACAAUUGCGGCACGUUAUGACAUCAUUGUGAUUCUAGAAGUGUUCGAUGCAAAGGAAAAAGCAGCCAAGAAGCUUGUGGAGCAGUUGAACAGCUGCAGUGACGGAGUUCGUUAUAAUUACGUUCUGAGCACACCUUUGGGGAGAAGAGAAUAUAAGGAACAAUACCUCUUUGUCUAUCGGGAGGAGCAGGUGAAGGUGAAGGAUACGUACCAGUAUGAGGAUAUGCAGCAUGGAGACGAAGAUUCCUUUGCCCGAGAACCCUUCAUUGUCAGAUUUGAAGCCAAAAAGUCUGCUGCGAAAGAUUUUGUUCUGAUUCCGAUACACACAACCCCAAAGGACUCGGUGCAGGAGAUCGAUGAGUUGUAUGACGUCUACGAGCAUGUUAAAAAGAAAUGGCGUACCAAGAAUAUAAUACUACUUGGAGACUUCAAUGCAGAUGGAGCCUACGUUUCAAACAAAAAAAUGAAGACGAUCCGGUUGAGGACAGAUCCUGAUUUACACUGGCUCAUUGACGACGACACAGAUACAACGGCUAUCAAAACAACAGAUUUCUCCUAUGACCGAAUUGUUGUUCACACUUCGAUUCUCAAACACAUUGUUCCCAAGUCAGCGAAACCUUUCAACUUUCAAGAGGAAUAUGAAUUGUCCUACGAUGAGGCUGUUGCAGUGAGCGAUCACUAUCCUGUGGAAGUAGAACUCAAUCCUGCAAAAGGAAUAAAACGAAAGAAGAAGUAACAUGAAAGGAUAUGUUCCUGUUUAGACUGUACCUUUAAUAAAAUACCUUUUUAUAUAUAA